UUCACUUUUGUCUUUUGUUUCAGUGCGAAAGCAUCUGCAACUUUGGACCUUAAAAAGAAAGAAAAAUCAACAUACAAACUGAUAAGGACGAGUCCACAAGAAUUAAAGAGCUAUCACCUACUUUACUGUCUUCUAUCUUCCGCCAUUGAUUGCGCUUUUUUGAUUGAAGCGCCCCCAUAAACAACAAAAAGAAGCAAAGAUUCCUCAAUUCCUUCUUCCCCGCAGGUCCUCUUCUUCUUCUUCCUCCAUUUCCGAGAAACUGACAAUGUGGCUUACAUGAGAGACUCUUUGAUUCCUUGGAGAAAAAAGGGUUUUGUGUUUUUUUUUCUUUUCCAAUUCCGAAGUCAUGCGGAUAAUAUGUUGGAUGAUACUAGUCUUAGUGAUAAGCACUUCAGGUUCUUCUUCCGACUUCGAAGCUCUUCUCGAGCUCAAGAAAGGCAUAAAGACAGACCCAUCGGGUAAAGUCUUUACUUCAUGGGAUGCAAAUGCUCUAUCCUCCUCCGACAAGUGUCCUCAAACCUGGUACGGAGUUUCUUGCAGUAGCGGAGACGUCACAUCCAUAGAUUUGAACGGUUUAGGUCUGGUCGGAGAGUUCAGUCUCCCCGUCAUCGCCGGUCUCCGGAAGCUUCAGAACUUGUCCAUCUCCGACAAUCACUUCUCCGGAACUCUCUCCAAGAUCGGUUCUCUCAGGUCUCUCAAGCAUCUGGAUAUAUCCAACAACAUGUUCCGCGGCUCACUACCUUCCGGGAUCGACGAUCUCGACAGGUUGAAGUACCUUGAUCUGCAAGGGAACGGUUUCUCCGGGGAAGCGAUGAGCUUGUUCUCUCAGCUACAUAGCGUGGAAUACGUGGACGUGAGCAGGAACAGCUUGUCGGGCUCGCUUGAUUUGGGUCUGGCGAAGUCGAGCUUUGUUUCUUCGGUUCGGUACUUGAACGUGAGUGGGAACUCUUUGGUCGGAGAGCUUUUCGCUCACGACGACGGCAUCCCGUUUUUCGAUAGUUUAGAGGUGUUUGAUGCUAGCAGUAACCGCUUCUCUGGCUCUCUCCCUUCCUUCAGCUUUGUUGUCUCUCUCAAGAUUCUUAGGUUACAGGACAAUCAGUUCUCGGCUUCUUUACCGCAGGGCCUUCUUCAGGAGAGCUCAACUAUCUUAGCUGAGCUAGAUCUUAGCCUCAAUCAACUUGAAGGUCCUGUUGGAAGUAUAACCUCUUCAACGCUAAAGAAACUCAACCUGUCGUCAAAUAGACUAUCGGGCGCCUUACCGUUGAGAAUAGGCCACUGUGCCGUUAUUGAUCUGAGUCACAAUAACAUCUCAGGGGACUUGUCAAGGAUACAGAGCUGGGGUGAUUACGUAGAAACUAUCCGGUUAAGUUCAAACUCACUCACUGGAACACUACUACCUAGCCAGACUAGUCAGUUUUUGAGGCUGACUUCUCUCGAGGCGGCUGACAAUUCGCUGCAGGGUGAGCUGCCUUUUGUCUUAGGGAAUUAUCCUGAACUGAAAGUGAUUGACCUCAGCCGUAACCAGCUUAGCGGAUUCAUACCGGGAAAUCUUUUGGUGUCGGAGAAGUUGACGGAUCUAAAACUGUCGAACAAUAACUUGUCUGGUUCGCUUCCUCUACAGGAUGCAAGUAGUGCAGGGAACCUUAGCUUGACCAGUAUUGACCUGUCGCAUAACUCGCUAAGUGGAGUUCUCUCCGGGGAACUAACCAGAUUCCACAGUUUGGUUACUUUAGACCUUUCUUAUAACAACUUUGAAGGGAAUAUACCUGAUGGCCUCCCAGACAGCUUAAAGGUAUUCAUUGUCUCUGCUAAUAAUCUCUCUGGAAACCUGCCGGAGAGUCUUCUCCGGCGGUUUCCAGAUUCAGCGUUUCGCCCCGGGAAUAAUGAGUUGCUGAUUGAAACUCCUAAAGAUGGCAUAACCUUAGGAAAGCAUAAGUAUCAUCAUAUGAGAUCUUCCGUAAAGGCAGCUCUGAUCAUAGGCUUGGUCGUUGGUGCUUCUCUGCUUGCUCUUGUCUGUGUUUGGUUUCAUUGUAUGCUAAAGAGGCAGCACGAAGAGGACAAAGAGAAAAUGGAUGAUGUAACUGAUGAAAAGAGUAGCCUGCAGAAAAACGAACCUUCUCCUUCACCUUCUCCUGGAAAGAACAGUGUACCUUCGUCAUCUGUAACUUCCACUUCCACAACCAAGGCGAAGCUGCUUGUCUCUGAGCAUCCUUCAUCCUCCCAAGUAUCUGCUUCCUCCACUCCUUCCCUGUCUAGAAUCCACAACUCACCGGAUAACCCUAGGUCUCGCCAGACAUCCGUGAAACUGGACGGGAACCUGUACAUUUUCGACGCUUGUCUUACCACGCUCACAGCAGAGGAACUGUCUCGCGCUCCAGCUGAAGCCAUGGGAAGGAGCUGCCACGGAACGCUGUACAGAGCGGUGCUCGGUUCUGAUAACACCGUGUUAGCUGUCAAAUGGUUAAGGGAAGGGACUGCAAAAGGCAAGACGGAGUUCGCCAGGGAGAUAAAGAAACUUGGCAACAUCAAACACCCGAAUCUUGUUUCUCUUCAGGCUUACUAUUGGGGCCCCAAAGAACACGAGAAGCUUAUCAUAUCAAGAUACAUUGAUGCACCCUGCUUAGCUUUCUAUCUCCAAGAGGCUGGAUUGCUAAACCUCCCACCAUUGCUGCUAGAAAACCGUCUUAAAAUCACUCUAGACAUAGCCACUUGUCUUAGUCACCUGCACAACGAAGAAUCAAUCCCACACGGGAACCUAAAAUCAACCAACGUUCUCCUAAAACCACCCGAGCUCACUGCACUCCUAACAGACUACAGUCUCCACCGGUUGAUCACACCGGAAGCCACGUCAGAGCAAGUUCUGAACGCAGCCACUCUCGGCUACUGCCCUCCGGAGUUUGCUAGCUCCACCAAACCCUACCCUUCUCUCAAAAGCGAUGUGUACGCCUUUGGGGUCAUCUUGUUAGAGCUUCUCACGGGGAAAGUGUCGGGAGAUGUUAUAGAUGAUGAACAAGGGGUUGUUGAUUGGGUUGUUAUGCUCGUGGGACAAAACCGUGCCGUCGAGUGUUUUGACCCUUCCAUUGUUAAGACACACGCCUCUGGGGUUGGAGUUCUUAUUGAUGUCUUGCAGAUUGCUCUGAGCUGUAUCUCACAGGCACCGGAGAGACCAGACAUGAAAUCUGUCUGUCAAGAGCUCUUUAGAAUUGUUCUCAAAGGGACAAACUAGAAGAGAGAUCAUCACUCUUCGAUUCCUGUUUGUGUUGUACCAUAAUAUGAAACUGUAUAUCUUAAAUCAAUUGGUAACCCACUUAAAACCAUCAUACUGUAUAACAACUAUCUUCCACAUUCAUGGUUGAAGCAAAUCUUCUUAUAUAUUA